AUGUCCUCCACCGAUCAUCCGGAGUCUGGGGUGGCUGAUUCCAGCAAUGCUCUCGAGUCGGGAGCCACCACCACGACUCCGCAACUGAGCGCUCACCCUGAGCACGACACCACCAAGUCCACCGCUCCCUCCCCAGUCACGUCCGACACGGUCGCACAUGUUGAGCCGUCUCCCACUUCGUCGGCGGCCGCUCCCCAACCUUCAUCCGAGGAGAAUGCAGCAGCUACUGCGCCUCAGCACCCCGCAACCGGUGGCGAACCCGUCGACCCGAUCGCUGCCACCGCAGCGACCACCCCCGCGACCGACACCGUUCAGUCUCCUGCCCACGACACAGCAAAUACAAGCAUCAGCACGAGUCAACCCCCUGCCGACACGGCCGCGACACCCGCGGCGCUGCCCAGUUCUGCGGAGUCUCCGUCGAUGGAGUCUCACGAGCCCAAGGCCACUGCAGAGCCCUCAUCAGACCCGUCGGAGGUCGAGGAAGGCAAAGAGACGGAGCAUGCAGGUCCCGCCCUCAUGAUCACUUUGUUGUUGACGACAGGAUCCCGACACCCAUUUACAAUUGACACCAAGUACUUGCGAAAGCAAUCUGUCAGCGUCGAGAAUGAUGAUCCGUUCGCGAUGAGCGUGUAUACGCUUAAAGAGCUCAUUUGGCGGGAAUGGCGAUCAGACUGGGAGACUCGACCUUCGUCGCCCAGUGCCAUCCGUUUGAUCUCCUUUGGCAAAUUAUUGGACGACAAGUCGCCUUUGUCUGAUUCAAGAUUCAGCGCAGACCAUCCCAAUGUCGUACACAUGACGGUCAAGCCGCAGGAAAUCAUCGACGAGGAAGAUGCCAAGGGCGCAAAGUCGCAUAUGAGCCGUGAGCGUGAGGCAAGCGAACGUAGUCCUGGAUGCCGAUGCAUUAUCCAGUAA